GUGGGGAAAAGCAGCUAGUUCUUCCUGUAACAUUAGCUACACCCUCAUCAAGGACAGUGGAGUUUACUGGUGUGAGUCCAGAGAGGGAGCAACCAGUAACAGCAUCAACCUCACUGUCUCUGGUGGACCAGUGAUCCUGCAGAGUCCUGUCCUCCCUGUGAUGGAGGGAGAUGACGUCACUCUGCUCUGUAAAACAAAGACCACUCCCUCCAUCCUCUCAGCUACUUUCUAUAAAGAUGGCUCCUUGAUCAGGACUGAGUCUACAGGUCACAUGACCAUCCACCAUGUUACCAGGUCUGAUGAAGGCCUCUACAACUGUUACAUUGGUGGUCAUGGAGAGUCUCAAUCCAGCUGGAUCACUGUCACAGAGAAACCUACAACCAGAGCUCCUCCCACAUCUACGUCCCCACCUCCCACCACUACUGAGGCCACGCCCCCUCCUCCACCAUGCUCAGCCAACCUUGUCCACAAAGUGGUCUACCACCUGGUGGUGUUCUGUCCAUACUUCAUCUCCACUCUCCUCAUAGAGGAGCGAUUAGAUGACGACUGUGACGACGUUAAUGUUUUCACCACAGAGCAUCACUUCUGA